CUCGGCCCCCGCGUUGGCUCUCAGCGGCCGCGCCUCCCCCGGUCCCCGCCGCCGCCUCCUUUUCCUUCACCUCUGGCUGUAGCCGGCCAGGACGCUUCAGGGGACAAAAAAUAAAUAAAUAAUUCCAUUCACCCAGUGGCAGCGAGGCAAACCGGCUACGGCUAGGAGGGAACGGAGAGCUGCGGCGCUCACCCGGUGCCAGAGACCAGAUAAUCCAGAGUCUGUUCUACCUCUCUUCGUCUGCAUUGCCAUCAGAUAUCACACUUGGAGGAACAGUGACUGGGCUUAACAAUUCCAAGUAUAAACUAAAGAAGCUUGUUUAAGUGGGAAUCUGUCAACAGGUUACCUGAAUUUCAAACAGAGCAGCAGAAAUGCCACCACCCACAGGUGGCCCACCCCUGCAUCCACCUCCUGAUGGAGGAUGGGGCUGGGUAGUGGUUGGAGCGUCUUUUAUCUGCAUUGGAUUUUCAUAUGCGAUUCCCAAAGCCAUCACAGUGUUCUUCAAAGAAAUUCAACAUAUAUUCAACACUACCUACAGUGAAAUAGCAUGGAUAUCAUCCAUUAUGCUGGCUGUUAUGUAUGCAGGAGGUCCCUUAAGCAGUAUUUUGGUAAAUAAAUAUGGUAGCAGGCCCGUGGUGAUGAUGGGCGGUUUGUUAUGCUGUGUGGGAAUGGUCGCAGCCUCCUUUAGUUCUAGUGUAAUAGAGCUCUACCUCACUGUCGGAUUCCUUGGAGGUUUAGGUCUAGCCUUCAACCUUCAACCUGCCUUAACAAUCAUUGGCAAAUACUUCUAUAAAAGACGGCCCCUGGCAAAUGGACUCGCCAUGACAGGAAGUCCUGUUUUCUUAAGUACAUUAGCUCCUUUCAAUCAGUUCCUUUUUAAUACUUUUGGUUGGAAAGGAAGUUUCAUGAUUUUGGGAGGUAUGUUGUUGAAUGCCUGUGUCGCUGGGUCCCUCAUGAGACCCAUUGGACCCAAACAACCUGCUAACUCUAAAAAUAGGAGCGGGACAACAGAAUAUGAGUCAAAUGUGAAGAAAAGCCAUCAGAAGAAAUCAGUAUGGAAAAAUAUUGAUAAAUAUUUUGAUUUCUCCCUCUUCAAGCAUAGGGGAUUUUUGAUAUACCUAUCUGGAAAUGUCAUUAUGUUCCUAGGAUUUUUUGCCCCUGUUAUAUUUUUGGCUCCAUAUGCUAAAGAUAAGGGAAUUGAUGAGUAUUCUGCAGCCUUCUUGUUGUCUAUCAUGGCUUUUGUUGAUAUGUUUGCGAGGCCUUCCGUAGGAUUUAUUGCAAACUCCAAACUUAUUCGACCUCGAAUCCAGUACUUCUUCAGUUUUGCAAUUAUGUUCAACGGAGUGUGUCAUCUCUUGUGCCCAUUGGCAGAGGACUACACAAGCCUGGUGCUUUAUGCUGUAUUUUUUGGCCUUGGAUUUGGAAGUGUUAGCAGUGUCCUCUUUGAAAGUCUCAUGGACCUUGUUGGUGCUCAAAGAUUUUCCAGUGCCGUGGGACUCGUCACAAUUGUUGAGUGUUGCCCAGUUCUUCUUGGGCCUCCUCUUGCUGGUAUAUUGGUGGAUAAAACUGGAGAAUAUAAAUACAUGUAUAUUGCCUGUGGAGCUAUUGUGUUCUUAUCAAGUGUGUGGCUGCUCAUUGGCAAUGCUAUAAACUAUAGACUGCUUGCAAAGGAAAAGAAUUUGGAAAAUGCAAAGAAGAAAAUGCAUGAGCCUGUGUCCAAAGAAUCUGAACCCUUGAACAAGUCUAACAAACAUGAUGUUAAUGUCAAAAGUACAAGAACAGGGAGUAAUCCCUCAGAAAGAGAAACUAAUAUAUAGCAAGAAUCACAUCUCUGAUUUCAGUGUUUAUGACUUUUUAGGAGUAUUUUUUCCAAAAUAUUGGAAAUGAUUUUAGUUGAAAUAAUACUCCAUAAUUAACAAUGGAGAUGAAACUUUCCUCAGGUGUUCACUUUUUAAAAUUUAUUUAGGCAGUUAUAUUUGAGAUUAUGCAUUUAAAGAAUCAAUGCAAGGGCUUUAUUUCCAUACAUUACUCUGGUUGUGGUGAUUAAAAUAAUUUUAAACUCUUCCAGGGACUUACAUCCUUGAUCAUAGAGAUUUGAAUUCCGAACCCAUGGUUUAAGUAAUUAGGAGUACGUUUAAUCCUGUAAGAAUACCCUCUCCACAUUUCAUUUUAUUUGAUUUUAAAGUGUGAAAUGGAAUUAAAGGAAAAUGAGUUUCCACUUGCAGUAUCUGGAGAACAAAACACAAAUACAUUCAAAAGGAAUAUCAUGGAGAAACAAGAAGUGAAGUGUAUUAUACCUGCAUACUACUGUGCAACGCGGAUCUUAAAGAUAAGAACAUGGGUGAAAAUGAGGUGCUCUUAUUUUGAAAGUACAACUAGCUAUUGAAAAAAAGAAAAGCAUUUGCAUGCACAAAAUAAAAUUUAAAAAUAUUCCAUUUUAAACCAUUAUUUCUGAGCAUUGUUGGAUUUGAUUAAUCCAUGCACAUGAUGUCUUUGAGGGGCCAUUAGUGCCUGGUGCUAGAGAAUAGAAUCCUCAAAUAAUUUUGAGAAUUUUUACCUAAUAUAUAAAUUAUAUUAAAAGCUUAAAUUACUCUAAGCAAUAAGCUAUGUCCAUUGAUUUUAGAAGGGAUUUUUGUUAGUAAUCCAGAAAGUAAUAACCUGGAAUUAAUUUUAACCAGAACUCAUCAGAUUUAUUUACAUACUGAGACAUCAAGUGGAAUCAACUAGAAACCUGGUAGACAGGCUUACAGAUAAGCCUAACUGUAGUUUUUCCCAACACAUAGGAAUGAUCAGAGGCUGACUGUAAUGAGUAAGCCAUCUGAGUAAAGCUAAGACUGGGGGGAUGCUUAUAAUGGACCCUCCGAAGUCUCUCAUUCCCCUCUCUUCCCCAAAAUGCAAACGCAAAAAACCAAAAAUCACAAACAGGUUUUUACUUAGCCACUGAAAAUGCCUCAUUAUAGGAAUGGCAGCACUCGAAAAUUCUGCCCACUACCGAUUGACUUCCUACUGCCUUUGAAUGUAACAAAACCAGGAGACUGUUAAAAAGAAAAAAAAGAAAAAACUUCUAGGUUUGAGUCUGUGUGUGACUUGGUGGAAGUGUAGGGAUCAUAUAUAACACAAUAGCAAGUAGCUUGCAGUGCUGCAGUCCAGGUUAAUAUAGCAGUUUCUCAUUUUCAUAACUAUGUGAAAACAUCUGGGAAUCUGAGUCACUUCUGAAUGCAGUGGCAUAUGAUAGUUCUGCUUUUAAACAAGAAAGAAUUUUUGCAGUGAGACUAAAGUUAUAAAUAUUAAAAUACAUCUACAGAUCUGAAGUUUAAGAUCAUGAUUAAUAAAAAGCAUUCAGUGCUUGAUUAUUGAAAUGUUGUCACUCUUAAGAUAGCAAAAGGAAUUUGCUGUUUUUCUUUCUUUUUUAUUGCAAUAGAGGCAGGUGCUCUUCUUAUUUCUUACAACAUUGUAUCUGGAUACCAAGCUUUUGUGAUAUUUAACGUUAAGGAUUUGCUUUGUAAAACUUAUUCACUAUUUAAGCAGUUAUAUAAAAUUCUGUAUUUCAUUUAACAUUCACAUUUUGCAUAUGAAAGAGUUAUUUAUAUUUUUCAAAUAUUAAGCAAAACAAUAUGUGCCAAUACCAUAGGUAAAUUAAUCAGAGAAAUGUGGCAGUGUACAGCUGAUUUUUUAAAUUUAAUUUUACCUAAUCUUGACUCUUGACUGAGCUAUUUUUAUAUGUAACUCUGAUUUGUCAUAAGAAAUGCAACACCACAAAUUAAUAGCUCUCCAGUCUUAAAUAUUUCCAAAAGUGUCUUAAAUUCUCUGAAGAUGACCAUUUAAAUUAAUAUAGAUAUCAGACCUCAGGGGAGGGGAAUAAACAGCAAAAUAAUGAUCGUAGGGUUUUAGGUCUUAGGCUAUAGCUCUUUUUAUUACCUGCUGGUAGAGACAUGGUGAUGGGUGCAUUCCAGUGGCUUUCUCCACAGAAGGAGGUUUAUUUACAUAUCAAUAAAUGUCUUGUAAAAAAAUAUUUCCAAUUUUCCUUGGCUAUUUUCUUUUCAUUUCUAACACUGAUUAUAACAAACUGUUAAAAAUAGAAAGGAGAGGGAAAUUGUGCAAAAGCACAUGAUAUGAUGUAUACAGUUGUGCCUGGUCGUAACAAUGCACAAAGUUACAAAUAUGCACACACACAGAUUCCCAUCUGUGAAUAUUGAAAAGUCAAUCAGAACAUUCUUGAAACAGUGACAUAAAGUCACAUACAGGACUCAGAACUGUUCCAUGGUAAAAUAAAUUUUUCUACUGGCUCACUCUUCCCACUAUGUUGAACUUGUUGAAAUAUCCAAUAUUAACUUUUUUAACAGAAUCUUUCAAAGAAUAUCAACCUACAACAUUAUUAUGUAGUCAUGUAAAGGAGAAAGAAAUAUAGCUGGCUUCUGUGUCUGCAAGUAUUAGUGCAGAAUAUAUUUCUUCCCCUAAGAAUCAAUAGGUUUUAGAUGUUUAAGAUAUCAUGAAGCAAAAUUAUAGAACCUUAUGAACACUCUUAAGUCCCAUUCCCCCAUUAUGGAAUUGUACGGAAGGAAGGUUAUUGUAAACCAGGGUACAACAUAAUUCACAAACAAUGGCUACUUUAUUUUUCCAUUUGUGAUAACUGAGCACACCAUAUUUUUACCAUUUAACCUUAAAUAUACCUUUACUAAUUUAUGAAUAGAAUAUUGGGUGUAGACUUGUCCUGUGUUAUCCCCAUCCUCUUUCCUGAUCCUUUUUAGGUCCAAUCAGCACAAAUUUAAGAGGCAGUGGGUCAGGUUCUUAUGUACCUCAUGUUGGAAGACGUGAUGUUGUCUCAAUAUAACUUCACAUGGCUCAUAACUUUCACUUCCUUAGUACCAAGUUCCAACCACUUUAUCUCUACUCCCUUCCCCAGACACUAGGAAAUAAAUAAAAUCACUAGAUUUGAUACAUAUGAAUGUGACUUUAGAAAACUAGGUAGUUUUUACUCAUCCUCUGGCUGCACAUGAAUAUUGAGCAAACAAAAAGAAAAGACCAUGAGAUGUACGAAGGGGGAUCCCAAAAAACAUAAUUAUCUUUGGGAGGGUGGGCCUCUUUUAGUACAGGCUUCCCCCGCUAGGUAAGUGUUCUAGGAACCCAUCUGGAGCAGUGUAUCUACCAGAUGAUGUUGUUGUGAGAGGCUGUGUUACGCUUGAGUAAAUUUUUUUGAAGAUGCAACAUGUUUGCCCACUAUGUAAUGGCUGAUUUACAAGAGCACCUGUCCACACUGCACUGAGUCUUCAGCGGAUUUUGACCACAAACAGUGUGACACCUAAGUUCCACCCUCCUUAUUUACCUGACCUUUCUGAGAGCGACUUUUUUUUGGUUUCCCCAGAGAAAAGAGUCCUUAAAUGGAAACGUUUUGCAGAUAUGGAAGAGGUGAAAUAAAAGAAAUGGCGGAAACACUAAAAGGCAUAAAAAUCAACAAGUUCAAAAAACCAUUUUGAGCAGUAGAAAAAAUAAUCUUGAUAGGUGUAUUGCAUCAAAUGGAGAGUACUUUGAAAGUGACUGAAGUUUAAACAUGUAAGAAUAAAUACACAAUUUUUAUGAAUAAAUUUUGGAGUUUUCUUUUGGUCUACUCUUUGUAUAAGUUGAUGUUAUAUAAUGUAGAGUUACCCUGAAUCAUAAUUGGGAAUUAUUUUUCAUCCAAAAAAUACCUUUUCUAAAAUAACACCUCUCAUUUGUAUAAUAUUUCAGACUUUUAAUAAAAAAAUAAAAAUAUGACUGUGAGGUUCAAUUUAAUUGGGAGAAAGAAUGAAAAGAGGGAAGGGAAUUAAUAUUUAUGUAUUAUGCAUCUUGCUUACAUAAUACCUUUUAUUCAAGUCAAAUUAUAGGUAGAAGUUGAUAUUGGACCAAUAUAAUAUAUGUCUGAAACAAAACCAAAAAUAGACAUGCAAGGAAAUUUAGCAAAUUACCAAAGUUAAAAAGUAAUAUGUGGUGGAAUUCAAACAGAGUUUUAGAUAAAGCUCAGGUUUAUCUAAAAGCAGAAAGAACCCAUAGGGUGCUCACUGCCAUGCUGCCUCCUAAUAGAAGUUGUAGAAGCAAAGCUAUGACACACUGUAGGUUCAAAAAAUUUAAAUCUUACAUGGUAAACCAAUUAAGUUUACCUUCAGUUUGUAUUAUGAUUUAUAUAGUGUUUUAUUAGA